AGAAAUUACACUCAAAACAGUACUAACUCAAAUGUAACACUACUCUGUCUGAAUGUUGGGUUCAUGUGUGUGUCCCUUACGAAAAAUAACCACGGUUUUAUUAUAGUAAAAGUGCAGUAAUUUGAGAUUACCAUGGUUUAUCAAUGGUAACCGUUUUGUUGUUUUUUGAAGUGAAACGGUUGUUUAUCGUAAGGACUGAAUAUGUUGCCGGUGGUCAGUGCGUGGAUGCAGUGUGUUUGAGUGUGGCGGAAAAAACAACAGCAUUUCUUUCUGUCGUGUUACAAAAAGGAGAUCUCAGCCGUGAGCCGGUUCCCUUUGUUCACGGACAUCGCUGUGUGCGGCUUUGUCCGUCGUUUGCGUGAGAAUGGCGUAUUCUGCUCGUGAAUCCGCAGCGCACCGGCCCGACAGAGCUGAGGAGAUUAUACCAACCGAGGCAGCAGGAGAUUGGAACAUGUCUGUCACAUUUCCAGCUGUGCGUCCGAGGGGGAAAGGAGAGGUCACGCAGCAGUCCAUCCAGAAGAUGCUGGAUGAAAAUCAUCAUCUGAUACAGUGCAUCAUGGACUACCAGAGCAAGGGGAAAACAUCUGAAUGUACACAGUAUCAGCAGAUAUUGCACAGAAACUUGGUCUACCUAGCAACAAUAGCAGACUCUAAUCAGAAUAUGCAGUCUCUGUUACCAGCGCCUCCCAACCCCAAUCUAAACAUAGGUCCAGGUGGUGGAGGUCAGUCUCUGCACUCUCAGACUAAUAUGAAUGAUAGUAUGGGCACUGGCUUGCCACCCACCUCACUAAUGCAGAGCCACAUGAGCAAUGGCCCCAGCCACGCCCUCAUCCAGCAGCAGCCCAGCACAUCCAUGAGCCUGCCCGCCAGCAGCCAUGGCACGGGGCCUGGGUACAACCACUCAGCGCCCACCUCUCAGGGUCAGGUGGCCUAUUCAUCCAUGGCCUCUCGUGCCAACCUCAACAUGCAGUCCAGCCAAGUUUCUAUGAUGCAUCAGCAAGGCACUGGACCCCAUUACUCAUCCACCUCAGCAGGGGGUCAGCACUACCAGGGCCAGCAGACUGGAAUAAUGGCACAGGGAAACCAGGGGAACAGCAUAAUGUCACAAAGGCCAAUGGGAAGUUAUCGUGUCCCACAACAAGGAUCAGCCCCGCAGUACAUGGGCCAGGAGGAGUUCUACGGAGAGCAGUAUGGACACACUCAGAGCUCCAGCGAGCCUGUUAGCCAACAGUAUUACUCAGAUGGUCACGGGGAGUAUUCCUAUCAGCAGUCUUCCUAUGGGGAGCAGAGUUAUGAGAGAUCCUUUGAUGAGUCGUCACAACACUAUUACGAAGGCGGAAACUCUCAGUACAGCCAACAGCAGACACAGUACCAACAAGGCUCUGGGACGCACCAGACGUUCAGCCAGCAGCAGUACCCAUCCCAAGCCGGCUACAGCGCUCCACCUCAGGGAUACGGUGCAGGGCAGGGCAGCUCAUCCCAGUAUCCUCAGUAUCAGCAGAGCCAGAGUCAACAGUACCCGUCAUACCGCUCCAUACAGCCAGGACCAGCCGCGCCGUCACAGAGGUCCUAUUCUUUUGAACAGGGUCAGUAUGGAAACUAUCAGUAAUAAAGAGACAUGGCUAAUGUUUGGGGCAGCUUUUUGUGUACAUCCCUCUUUACGCUGGACGCUGGAAAAACAGAGGAUUCUCCACCAGCCCUGUCUCACAGGCUUGCUACGGAAUCAAAAUCAAACUCUA